ACUUUUUUUUCUUAAUACUACUAUCCUUGUUUUCAAACAAAAAUAUUUUUUUUUAAAAGACUGCAAUCCAUGUUACCAAACACUCCAAAUUUUUAAAAGUCAUAUUCAAGUCUCCAAACACUCCAAUUUUGUACUUGAGUUUUAAUAAGAUAGAUAUAUCUCGAGCGAAAAAUUAAACAUGUACUGUACUUCCUCUCCAAUUUACAUCAUGAGCAAAUGAAUUAAAUUAAUCUUUUGAUUGUAACGCAAAAGUACAGAAAAUAAAUUGUAGCUUCGUUGAAUUGUAGGAAGACACCUCAAAAGAGUACAUAAAUAGUUAACUGCGUGUUAGUCUGUUUUUAUCUUUAAAACCGUUUAAUUGUCUUGUGAAAAAUUAAUGAACGUAUAGUAAUUAAAAAGAUUAGAAGUUCUUAACUGAAAUCUGCUUCGUUAAUAUAAAAAGUAGAAGUUGUUUGAUGUGAUCAAGACUUCUCUUUUCUAUUUGCUUUUAGAAUAAAAGUUAUAUAGAAGAAAAAGAGAGAUUGGUUGCUUUUUGUGUUUGGACUGUUACAUCCAGCAACGAGAGAUAAUCUGGUAACGACACGUUCUGACUAGACAGUUGUGUGCACUGUGCAGUACACAUACAAGUUGUAUGUUACAACACGAGUGAGUACAUCAUCACACUUGAUUGAACUCAAUUAAAAGUUUGAAAUCCUUAACAAUACUCUUUAUUAGUGAAAGUGUUUGAUUGAUAUGAUACGAUAGUACCUUGUUGUUGUGACGCCCAAAGAAGACAAUAAGGAAAGAAAGGAGACCAAGUUCCAAGAUAGAUUGCCAAACAAGGAAGGUUUCUAUGUUUCUCUAACCAUCUUUAUUCUUUCCAUUCUCUUACUACUUACCCUAUCACAUACUCUCUCCAUCCACUUCCUCAUCAUUGCAUUUUCCUUUUCUUCUUCUACUCAUAAAACGGAUUUAUACUUCUACAAGAUAUAUUUGUCUCAAAAAAAAAAAAGAUAUAUUUGUCUCUGUAUACUCUAAGCCCAGCAUUAUAACAGUGUAUAAUCUCGUUUAGGGCCCAUAUACAAGGAAUACACACAAGUUUUCUUUCUCCUCCAUCAAAGCCAUCCUCUUAUUUGAGCAAUAGUAGCUACUUUAGAGCAUGGCCAAUGGGGAGUUAGUUUCUAAAUUUUACAGGAAAUCCAAACCAAAAUAUCUAGGCUUUUCAGAACUCCAACGAAAAAAAUCCUCCAUUGGACAUACUCUUAUAUAUUUCUUUUAAAAUUGACAUUCUCUGUUCCAGUUUACUAUAUUAAUAUUUUAGAUGAUUCUCUUCUUGUUAACGGAAAAAAAAGAUGAUUCUCUUCUUACAAAUGAAAAUUUCAUAAAAAAACAGGUACAACACACAAUUAUUUGAAAGCCAGAAAAGCUUUUUUUUAUAAUAAUAAUAAAGCAUCAAGAAAUGCAAGAUUCUUUAUGCAUGCACGUAUAUAUAAUUGUGUGAGGAAUAUGCGUGCGCACCAUACACCCCACGUUACCCGCUUUUUCAUCAAAUCAUUGUUCAUCAAUGCACAUAUACAUUUACAUUACAUCUUUCACUGAGUUAAAAAUAGAAUACAAGUCAACGGUCAACCACCUAAAAACAAGGCUCCCCUACUUCUUCGAUUCAGCCAUUGUGUUUUGCGACCAUCUCCAUUGCCUCUCUAAUCCUAAAGUCUAAACGAAAACACACAAACACAUGAAUCUCUCUGUUCUCACCAUAACAUUUUUAAGCUUUACGUAAAUAUUAAUACUAAUCGAUGGAGAAGAACGACAAGGAGCCUGAUGAUCAUCAUGAUCAUGAUCUUAAAGACAAAUCCAGUGGAGAAGAGAAAUGCGACGUCGUUUCAGAUGCUCAGCCACCAGAUGAUACCCAUCAUGAGGAUGGUAUCAAUAAAGACAAUGUCGAUGAGACAGAUCAUGACCAAGGAGACAAGGUUGACUCACCAUUAGUACAAGAAGUACCAGAGAUUACUCAAACCCUCGAGUCCUUGUCAGAAGAACUCGACCAGCUUCUCUCAACUCUCUCCCUUCAUCAAGAGCAACACAAAGACAGCGCCAAGGAGAAAGAAGAAGAUGAUGAUGAUUACUUUCAGAUCCCGCAGUUCGUUGGCAAGUUCUUGGAUCUCUUUGAAGACAAACUCUCCAAACACGACUCUGGCGAGCCUAAAACAACAUGGUACCAAGAUCCAGAGGAAGUAUCUUCACUUCUUGACGCAGUGGAUCGCGUCUCAAACCUUAUGAGGCUAUUACACAACACCAAAUCUUGUGUUGACCAUCACGAGCCCCUGAUCAACCACGCUGGAUCGAUCCAGCAACGUGCAAUGGCCUUCUUGGAAGACGAGUUUCGUAUCCUUCUAGAAGAAUCCGUGAUCAAAGAGGCUGCUGUUGUCACUGACGACAACAGCAGCCAAAGGAAGAGUUCAGCAGAUCAACAAGACCACCACAACGACGCGGUGGUCUCACAAGAUCAAGACCAGAUGGUUGUUCCGGAGCACGGUGAUCAGGAGAUAGAAUACCCCGGUUACUCAGAGGAGAUGGUUAUGUUACUUAAGAACAUAGCAGAGAAGAUGAAAGCAGGAGAGUACGCGUGCGAAUGCAGAGAGGUUUAUUUAGUAUCAAGAAGGAAUAUCUUGAUGAGUACGUUGAAACAAGACUGCGAGUUCGAGAAAGUAAGCAUCGACGAGGUGCUGAAAAUGAGCUGGGACGCGCUCGAGAGAGAGAUCCCUAUAUGGAACAAGACUUUCAAGAACUGCUCUUCCCUCUUCUUCCCCGGGGAGUUCAAACUCGCGGAGAAGAUCUUCCCGGGGGACGAAGGGAGCUUGUUCUGCAUUGUCACCCACAGCCUCGCAAUCCAGUUACUGGGAUUUUACGAGGCUGUGGCAAUGACCAAACGCUCCACCGAAAAGCUCUUCAAGAUCCUCGAUAUCUACGAGACGCUCCGGGACAGCUUCCCAGCGAUGGAGAAGCUGUUCCCAGAGGAGCUAUGCAGCGAGCUGAGGAACGAGGUGAACAGUGCUCGUUCCCAGCUAGGAGAGACAGCUAUUAACAUAUUCUUGGAUCUUGAGAACUCUAUUAAAUCGGAUUCUAGCAAGACCCCUGUGCCUGGCGGCGCGGUGCAUCCCUUAACGAGGUACACUAUGAACUACCUUAAGUACUCGUGCGAGUAUAAAGACACGUUGGAGCAAGUGUUCAAGUCUCAUUCAACGAUGGAGCGAGAGGAGGAGGAGGAGGAGAAGAAGAAAGAGGAGAACUCUCCCUUCGCCAGCCAGCUGAUGAGGAUAAUGGACUUUCUCGAUGGAAACAUGGAGGCGAAGUCGAAGCUCUACAAAGACAUACCAUUAAGCUGCAUCUUCAUGAUGAACAACGGGAGAUACAUAGUGCAAAAGAUCAAAGGAUCGGCUGAGAUACACGAGGUGAUGGGAGACACAUGGUGUAGGCGGAGGUCGUCGGAGCUGAGAAACUAUCACAAAAACUACCAGAGAGAGACUUGGGGGAAGCUGUUGGGUUUCUUAGGGCAUGAGGGGCUAAUGCAUAAUGGGAAGAUAGUUAAGCCUAAUCUUAAGGAGAGGUUUAAGAGCUUUAAUGCGACGUUUGAUGAGAUACACAAGACGCAGACCACGUGGGUGGUUAAUGACGAGCAGCUUCAGAGUGAGCUGAGGGUUUCUAUAACUGCGGUUAUGAUACCUGCCUACAGGGCUUUCAUGGCUAGGUUUGGACAGUACUUGGAUCCUGGUCGGCAGACGGAGAAGUAUGUUAAGUACCAGCCUGAGGACAUUGAGGAUCUCAUUGAUGAGCUUUUUGAAGGAAACACUUCCUCCUCUUCAACCGCCACGGCCAAGAGAAGAACAUAGAUUCUUUUUCCUGUUGCAGCAACACUUUUUGUUCUUAGUUUUCUCAAACCUUUAUGUCUUCUGCUACUGUGUUUUUGUCUGAAUGCCACAACUUGGAUGUGUAAAUGUAGUUAUUAAUCAGUUCCAUCAUUUUUGAAUAAAAAGACAUUUUUAUAUUUGUUGAUAGCAUAAUGGUAAAGUUAUGUGAACUCAUUGCUAGUACUUAAUUCACCUUUUAUUAAGUCAGGACUUUUGUGUUAAUUCCUCAAUCAGAUGUUCUUAAUUCAUUGCUGUAAAUUUCAAUACUUUGUUUACACUUAAAAGUCACACAUGGUUUUUCUCUAUGGACUUCUCAGAAUGGCUGUGCUGAUCAGAGGAGAAAGCGGAUAAGCAGUGCUAAUGUGAUUCUGUUCCUCCUCCUAAACGGAGUCUCUUGGCACAAGUUUGGCGGGAUUGCCUAUCCGUUGGCG